AUGUGGCCAACUCGCGUAUUAUCACGCAGCGUACGUCGGACGUACAUGGAAUUAGACUAUGCCAGGCACAUGCCAAAAGAAUACGUGGAAAAAGUGAAGCGCACUGUUCCAAAAAAAGUUUAUACCAAUCGAUACGGUGCACCUGAUAUUGUCCGUUGGACAUUGCAUCCCGAUGAUUAUGUACCAUCCGAUGGACGCCCUUGGGAAUUAGAUAUAUUUGAAAAAAACGCACAACGAGCACAUGAUUAUCAUCAGCAUAAAUUAAGCCGCAAAUUCUUUGAGUUAAGACACGAGAAAAAGGUAGCCAUUCCACCCGAAGAAUGGACAAUAUUUCCGGGUGAUUUGGUGCAGGUGAUGGUCGGUAAGGACAAAGGCAAAACGGGGGUUGUAUCACGUGUUAACAAGGAAACCAAUGCUGUAUUUGUAAGAGGGAGACAUACUAAGCUUGUAAACGAUUACGAAAAUUUCGGUGAAAGUGGCAUAAAUUCUUUUUAUCGACAAAUUGAGCAACCUCUAUAUGUUCAUAAGGGACAAGUGAAGUUGGUCGAUCCUAGCGAUAAUGAACCUUGCGAAGCAGACUGGGUGUUGAAUGAGGAAAAGAAUGAGUAUGUUAGAAUGAGCAAGAGAUCCAAAUUCGAAAUUCCGGUACCAGAAUUAGCUCGAGCUACUUCGGAAUACAUCACUCCUGAUCGAUAUGUUGAAGUGGAGGGUAAGGAUACACCUGCAGAAGUUGUUCUGGAAAAGACCUACAAACCUGUACUCAAGUCAUUUGAGGAAGAAAUUGCGGACGCAAUGGGUAUUCAAGAUAAACGUAAAUUACAGCCAACAUAUUGGUAUUGA